CCAGAGUGGAGGAAACUCCUAGACAUGGUUGGCGUGACAAACGACCAGCUGGAAGACAAGAAAACGGCAGAGUUUAUUUACGAUUUUGUCGAGAAACAUGGAGGAAUCGAAAAGGCCAAUCAGGAGCUGGAGAGACAAAACACCGGCCCCGCCCCGCCACGCCCGUCCCACCGAGGGAAGGGGCAUGGUGGGCGGGGUGGGCGUGGUGUUCCUCCGCCUCCUCCAACAAGGGACAGUCCAGCUGCACCUGCCCCUCCCCCUCCGACUCGUCAUACUCCAGGGCCUCCGCCCAGUGGAAACGUUCCCCCUCCUCCCCCACCACCACCCCUAGGAGGCCCCGCCCCUCCACCUCCCCCUCCAAUUAGUAGCAGCGGAAGUGGGGGGCCACCCCCUCCACCCCCGACGAGAUCAGGCGGAGCUCCCCCGCCCCCUCCUCCCUCCGACUCCCGCGGAGACCUACUGUCCAGUAUCAGGAAGGGAAUCCAGCUGAAACCGAGGGCCCAGGUGGACGAAGAAGAUGCUGCUCCUCCAGAUGAUGAUCUAGACGGAAUGGCUGGUGCACUAGCCAGAGCUCUCGCUGCUCGGGCCAAUGUCAUUCACCAGAGUGAUGGAGAGUCUGACAGUGGAGAAGAGAGUGACGAGGAAGAGUGGGACUAGAGAGAGACUCAGAGAGAGACAAUGAGCCAGUGCUCGCGAGACUCUUAGAGUGUAAUUUGCACGAAUGUACUUUGAACCUGCGUGUAUUAUCUGAGUCAUAUGAUCGGCGUGAGCAUCAAUUAGGGUUUGACGGAGGAGAGCGGUUUUUGCGGCCAUGUCUCCUCCGCGGCUUCCUUGCUCGGCUUACUCGUUACUCUUCUGUUCCUGCUGCUUAUGGAGCCUCGCCUGCGCCUCUCGAAAAUUAGGCUUUUGUUCGCAAAUGACCUACUACGACCUGGAGAACAGCAGUAGGACCUCCUUCAUGCCUUCCCUCCUCCACUUCCAGACCUGGUCACGUGAUCCGCGGAACCCAGUAGUCAUGAACUACGCCUGGAGUACGGUCGGCUACCCCACGCUCUUCAUCUCCCAGAGCAACAACACCAAGAGCUGUAGCAACGAAACUUUUCAAGCCAACCUGACGGAAUAUUUGGACACACAGGCGUAUGGUUCUCUGUACAUAGCUGGCUCUGAGAGCGACGCUGCAGUUGCCAUGGUGUUUAGAAGACUGAUAGAAUUCAACGGCGGUAAGAAAGCAAAGGCUGCGGGGAUCUUCAACACUUCCGAAGCCGCUGUAAACUCCUCUCAGUACCGGAGUGUGUAUCUCAAUGACGAGUCUAUUGAGUGGUACUAUGACCCUCGCCACAGAUCAAUCACUGGCAUAGGGGGACAACUUUUUGGAAGUAUAGUUUUCAACUUUGUGAUCCCAGAGAAGGAAGGAGACGAGAGGAUUUCGUAUUUUCCGAAGACGAAAUUCACGGUCCAUUCGACUGUUGUCGAUAUGAAUCUGGAAGGUUUCAGCUUUAACUCCUCGUUGGUUGGCAAAAAUGGUCGCAUUGCUAUAGAGAUGGUAAUGUUGAAAGGACGGGCGGUGAACAAGGACAGCACCAUACAGACUGCGACCGUCGAUGAUGAAUAUACUCCGUCCGUCUUUCGCACCUGGGAAUAUUACUUUAAUAACAGGACCGACCCCAAUCAGGCGUACCUGCAAUGGAAACCAAUAUCUUAUCAGAGUCGUGAUAGAAAAUCGACAAAGGCGCAGGAAGCUAACCUGGUGUUCCCCGGCGGAGCAGCUGUGCAUGUUCUGGGUGGUGAGGUACCGCGAGGCCUCGGCAGUGCUCUCUUCAACGUCUCAACCACUCUGCUCAAUGGGACGGCGUUUUAUAUGGUCAUUGGGACCGAUGGUGAUGAGAAUUACUUGAACCCCUCACGAGUGACCUGGACGGCUGUACUUGGGUUUGGUAGGGCUCCCAAGGACAAGAUAUCAAUCGAAGUUGUCAUCAUAAUCAUUGUUUCCAUCGGAGUCCCUGCUCUCCUCAUCUUCCUGGGCAGCUUCUAUGUCAUGUACAAGAAGAAACCCUGGCAGAACAUUGGCAGAGGAAUUAAAAGAUUACGUAGAAUAGAAGGUUAUGAACGGAUCAACUAGCAUUUAAUGGAGCGUGUGUAUGUAUAUAUGUUGUUUGUUGCUCGUCGGGUGCGGAGCAAGGUUUACGCAUGCGCAUUUAUUGUGUGACGUCAUUAUUGUUUUGUCGACUGAGAAACAUGGCUGUUCUGGAGAAGCUGCCGGUGAAUGCCGUGUUUCACGUCGGCGUGGUGCUCCCGUUGGGGACCAUUCUCCUCUGCUACACCGUCGCCACGUUACUGGGUCACGUGCCUGUCUGGCUACCGAUGAUCAGCGACUGCGCCGUCUACCCUCCAGAGAAGUACCCGUUCCGCUGGGGCAUCGUUCUCUCGGCCGCGCUUUUCGCAGUACAAAGCGUUCUCCUGUACGGAGCAGACAGACCGUACUCUAGGAGCAAGGUUGCGCUGUUCUUUGGGCUCUUGACGGCAUUCUGCCUUAGUGUUGUUGGUGUCGUUAACGAAGCGGAGAACAAUACCAUUCACAGCACUGCAGCAGUCAUAUUCUUUGUUGGUUACUGGGUCUACAUGGUGAUUCUAACCUGGCUGCUUCCACAGUACAAGAAAGAAGACAGACCGUCGCAGUUCGCCUAUUUAUUCCGCCAGUUAUGUGUUACUUUGUGUACAAUUGAUCUCGGCUACUUUGUCUUCAUGUCAACCAACUGGGAAAAAUACGGUGUAUACAUAGCCGUCUGUGAAUGGUGAGUGAAUGUUUUCAGUAUGCCGUUUUGUUUUUUACAUGAGUUUUUUUAUCCCUCUUUUCUAAAGGAUUGCCACGCUGCUUAUCUUCUUCUACAACUGGAGUUUUGCCGGAGAUAUGACAAACUAUACGCUGGAAGAAAUUGAAAAUGAAACGCCCGAAAAACCUCGCUCAGACCAUGAAACUGUUGAGGCUGUUAUUGGACUUGCACGUAAAAAUCUCCGGUAUUUU